CUGAAAAAAGAGACAUGUUGCAUAAGGUUUUGUAUUUGAGUUUCUACUUCAUUAUUAUAGCAAUUCCCAAUACAAAAAAUCAGAUUUUGUACAAGUUUAAAGAAGAAAAUAGUGGUUUUGAGAGAAAGAUGAGGAAGCUAGAAAGAGAUAUAUUGAGACUACAAGAGAAAAUGGUUCUUCUCACCGAAGAGAGUCAAUUGAAUGAGAAAGCUGUGACCUUUUCAGCAACUGCAGACGAUAAUGUUAGUCAAACAAUCACUAGAGGAGGGGAGGUAAUUAUCUUAAAAAGGGUACUGAAUAACGUAGGAGGCGGAUACGAUUCUGAAACAGGAGUAUUCACGGCGCCAGUGGCUGGAAAUUACGCCUUUUUCUUCUCUGUCGAAGUGACACGUAAAAAAAGACUGAAGAUAUUUCUAUAUGUCAAUAAUAAUCAUGUGGCUGAAGCAAUAGCGGGAGUAAAUGAAGAAUAUUUCGAUACGGGAAGCAAUAUGGUGACUCUCUCAUUGCAGAAAAAUGACCGAGUGUGCAUUAAGUCACAUCCAAAUAAUGCCGAGAUGGUCGAUAUUCAGUACUGUGGAAACAGCUUUACUGGAUUUUUACUUUCUCCGAAAUAGAAUUAUGUAUUAACUAUGGAUAGCUUGGUUUCUUAGGAAUCAAGACUUUCAAAACGUUUUUUUCUUCAGUGUUACAAUAUAUCGUGUAAUUAAGAAAUGUCUUUCAUGAAUAAAUA